AUGUCGUCCAUCAAUUACGAUAAUAAUAAUAAUAAUCAAAUCCCAUUACAAGAUCCCAAUGCACCACCACGUUUACCAACAGAUACACCUCGUCGUGGUGGUGUUUUAGGGUGCAAUGAUUAUAAUAAUAUAGGGUGCAAUGAUUAUAAUAACAUAGGGUGCAAUGAUUAUAAUAAUAUAGGGCGCAAUGAUUAUAAUAACAUAGGGCGCAAUGAUUAUAUAGGGCGCAAUGAUUAUAUAGGGCCCAAUGAUUAUAUAAGGCGCAAUGAUAUUAUAGGGCCCAAUGAUUAUAUAAGGCGCAACGAUAACAUAGGGCGCAAUGAUUAUAUAGGGCGCAAUGAUUAUUUAGGGCGUAAUGCUUAUGUAGGGCCCAAUGAUUAUAUAAGGCGCAAUGAUAAUAUAGAGCCCAAUGAUAAAAAAAGG